GAUGACUGCAAAGGGGCAGUAAGGGCAAGGGCAGUAGCUUCAGGGCUUGCACUGCACAUGUGUCAGGAGCUCCACAAACCUACUAAUUUGGCAGCUGCUGUGGACAGCUUUCAUUUGUGAGUCAGUGUGUUUGCUUUGCUGUCUGCUGGAAUACCAGGAAGGAGGUAGAAGUCUUGCAAGAUGUUGGUGUUGGUGAUUGGAGACCUUCAUAUCCCGCACCGAUGCAACAGCCUCCCGGCCAAGUUCCGGAAACUCCUGGUUCCUGGGAAGAUCCAGCAUAUCCUCUGCACGGGGAAUCUCUGUACCAAGGAGACCUACGAUUAUCUACGGACAUUGGCCGGGGACGUCCACGUGGUCAGAGGGGACUUUGAUGAGGGAACAAGUUACCCGCAGCAGAAAAUAAUCCUGGUCGGGCCAUUCAAAAUCGGCUUGAUCCAUGGCCAUCAGGUCAUUCCCUGGGGCGAUCUGGAAAGCUUGGCCAUUUUACGCAGGCAGCUUGAUGUGGACAUCUUAAUUUCGGGGCAUACGCACAAAUUCGAGGCUUUGGAGCACGAAAACAAGUUAUACAUCAACCCAGGAUCAGCCACAGGAGCUUACAAUGCCUUGGAAAGAAAUAUCACUCCUUCCUUUGUACUGAUGGAUAUCCAGUCCACCAUAGUUGUGACUUAUGUGUACCAGCUCAUUGGAGACGAUGUGAGGGUGGAAAGGAUUGAAUACAAGAAGUCUUAAAUCAAGCUGCCUUCCUCCCAGAUGCUUCUUGCCACAGACGGUUUUGGCCAUUCAUAGAUGCCAAACGGCUGCACAUUAUUGGAGCUUUCAAUGGGAAUUUUGUGCUUGUAACUGCUUGUGAUCUCUUUCCAUUGAAACACGUAGGAGCAAUAAAC